UUCCAGCAACCGAGUGAUGCAACUCGAACGAAUCAAACGAGUAUGUAUGCUUGGAGUUCCUGGGGUGCAUGGAGUAGCUGCUCCAGGACAUGUGGGGGUGGAGUCGCUGUUCAGGAACGACAAUGUUUACCACGAGAUCCUACCAGGUGGAGACGCAGUAGAAAAAGGAGGAAACUCGUGAGAAGUAUUGACCGGCUUCGAAGAGCACGUGAGACUCAUGUACCAGACUGUCCAGGUCUGGGGAAGCGCUAUCAUGAAUGUAAUACAGCGCCUUGCCCCGGGCCGGUCCGCGAUUCGAGGGCUGAUCAAUGUGCAGUGUAUGAUCGGAGGCCAUUCCGGGGAAGAUUCUACACGUGGGUCCCAUAUGUCGACGGCAACUCACCAUGUACACUUAACUGUCGUCCCCGAGGGCAACAAUUCUACGCCUCCCUAGCGCUGGUCGCUGAUGGUACUCCAUGCACGAAACCUGGCUACAGAGCGAUUUGCGUGCAAGGCGCUUGUAAGGUUGUAGGUAGAGAAGGCGUGCUAUCUUCUACCGCAAGUCGAGAGCUACAAUGUGGCAAACGCCUGGUGUCAGGACUCUUCUCUAGACCCAGACUACCCCUCGGAUACUCCUACGUCACGACCGUACCGACUGGGGCUUGCAGACUGAACGUCUCAGAAAUGGUCUCCAGCGAAAAUUAUAUUGCUCUGAGAGUUUCGAAUGGCUCGUACAUUGUUAACGGCGAAUUCGCUGUUAGCGCCCCGGGCACCUACGAAGCGGCUGGAGCACGUUUUAUAUAUUCACGUUCUGGGGGACUCGACAAUAUAUUUGCAAUGGGACCUAUACAUCAAGCCAUUGACAUUAUGGUUCUAUAUACUCAACCGCAUCCGAAUAUUAAAUACGAAUACUUAACUGAUUCAUUACCAGAUGAAACUAGCAACGAUAUUCCGACUGAAGUCAGUGUGCCUCAUCAUCAAAUGCAGAGGCAUCAUCGUCAUCAUAACGCCGAAUCUCACACGAGAGAUAAAAUCGAUCCUACAUUAUCGAAGCAUCCCGACUAUAACUCAAAAGAGAAUCAAAUUCCUGUUGAAAGUAACGUCAUCGGGAAUAGACAGUUCAUAUGGAAGAUAUUGUCGUACACGCAGUGUUCUAGAUCUUGUGGUGGAGGCCUGCAGAUCGGUAAAUUCAAGUGUGUAGAAGUGGUUGGUAGAGAUGACAGAGAAGUCUCUCCGGCGCAUUGUUCUGGAUCUCCUCCAACUGCCCGCCGCAGGAGAUGUGGCGGAAACCCUUGUCCUCCUCGUUGGAGAGCUGCAGCAUGGGGACCAUGUCCAGUGUGUGGCCCGGCCCAUAAGACGAGAAUUGUAGGUUGUGUGCAGGAUCACGCACGAGGUAUUACCAAGAUAUCUGAUCAAAAAUGUCCACUUCCGAUGCCUCCCAGCAGUGAACCCUGCGAUAUUCCUAAUUGUGAUGGAACAACUGAAGCUAAAGAUCAAAAGACACCAAGAUUGGAUGCCAGGCGUCAAGUUAGAACAAGAGAUCAUACGGACACAUUUAGGGAAGGUCCUGUCAUCUCGCUUGCCAGUAAUGUUUCUGAAAACGAAGUUGUUCCAACCUUGGGACCAUCGUACAGUUUUACUGCAGCUGGUGGUUGGCUGUAUACAGAGUGGUCAGAGUGCGUUGGUGCGUGCAUUGGUGGUGGAGUACAGUCUCGAGGAGUACGGUGCGCUGACCCAGCCGGUUGUUCAGCUCUUCGCGCACCACAUUCUUCCCAGUCUUGUUCUGCGAGAAAACAGUGCGAUGCGCAAUGGUUCACGGGAGACUGGUCAGCCUGUUCAGCUCCAUGUGGUGGGCGUCAGAUUCGUGGGGUUAUUUGCAUUGGUGGGAAUGGAAGACGGCUGCGAGAUGGAUCUUGUAGGUCACCAAAGCCUGAUGCUGAGCGGGCUUGUGGGGGAACUUGUGCUCCGUCGUGGUACCUCAGUGAUUGGGGAGAGUGUACCGGUCCAUGCGAGGCGGGCAUACAGACACGUACUGUCUGGUGUGCGCGUGGCGGUGUUGAAGGAGCUGAAGGUGCAGCUAGAGACUCCGAGUGUCCUGGCUUGAGACCUUUGGCUCGAAAGUCUUGUGUUCCACCCCGAUGUACGACACGUCCUGUUGUGAAACCAGCUGUUAUUAACCCUGUGACCACUGAUUCCCAAAAUCGAGUGACUAGGCAUCAGAGUCCUAAUAUUCAGAGUGUCAAACAGCGAACAUAUAGUAAGGGAGGAUGUACAGAUAAGCUGAGUAACUGCAUGUUGGCGGUCCAGGCUCGUCUCUGCCAUUACCAUUAUUACGGAGAUAACUGCUGCAAGUCCUGUCAUGGACGAUAGGCGCAGGCGCCGUACGCAGAGAUGUAAUGUGAUACAAUUAUGACUAACAGUGAUAAGUGACAGGCACUUCGUAUACAUAUUCUUUUUAAUUAUAAUUUCUUAUGUAAUUAAAAGAAGGUUUAAUAUAAAAAAAACGUACUGGCAGCCUAUAUAUAUAUAGUAUACAAUAUAAAUCAUCAUUCCACAGAGCAAAAAUUCACUAUUGUUUCAUUUAGUUCUGUGUACCAAAAAGGUUUUUAUCUAAUCAAGAAAUAUUUUUCAAAUGUAUACGGACUGCCUUAACUAUCAAAUGGAAAUUAGGCUUCCAUUAAAUAACCAUCAGACAUAAAUAAUCUAGAAUUGUAUUUCAGUAGAAAUAGUAUGUGAUCUCCAGUGUAUAAGUCGAAGAUUUCUGAAUAAUUAAAUUUUCAUUAAAAUUAUUCGUGUAGUAUUGAGAUUUUAUCGCAUUAAACCAAUAUUAAUCAGUCUUAUUAGCCUUCUCUUUUCAUCACAGUAUAAGCACUAUACGAGAAAGAGAGACGACAGUGUGUAUUUAUGUGAGAUUAAGAAUUCUCCUAUGUGUGCAUAGGAAAUAGUAUGCACAUAAUUUUAUAUUCGCACCAAUUUAACAUCAUUGAAUUUUUCGAAUAAUAAAUAAUAUAAUUUUAAGAUUUGUAUUAUAUUUAGAAUUUAAUUCUAGCUUUUAAUAGGAUAGGAAAAUUGUAGUAUUCCUCUUACUUUAAGUGUGUGUUCAUUAUUUAUUUAUAACGAUUUUAGCACAAUUAGCUGACGCAUAAUUAAUUUGUCUGGAUUUUUAUUACGUGAUCGAUUAAAAUGGAUUUUAAUUGAGUGUAUAUAGUUCUGUAUAGCGCAUUUAUUUACUGGCUGUUAAGUAUUUAUGUUUUAGUUAAAUAAAACGCCAUAAUUUGUACCAUCAUAAUUAUAAUAAUUUCCAUACUAAUAACGCGUAUAACAUUGUACAAAAAUAAUAAGCUUUAAAAACUA